AUCUGUUUAGCUUGCCUCUGGCCCGCCUGUAUCAGAUACACCGAUGUGAUUGGUGCCCCACGAUACAAGGGACUAAGUAAUGUGCAUCAUUACUCAUUGCCAGAGUGACUCGCUGAGCAAAUUCCAAAUGUGUUCCCGCGACUACUCAGGAUUUCCAGGAUAAUGAGUUUGUAACAUAAUGUAUCUCAGUGACUGAGUAUAAAAACCUAACCGCUUUCGUCCUGGAGCGGCAAGGCACUCCAGGAACCAGUGGAAGGUUGUAGGUACAUGGAACAUUCCUAACCCUCCUGUUGUGUUCCUGGUCAAAUUGGACGGAUUUACGAUUUCGGAAUACAGAAUAAAUGUUGAUCAUUUUCAACAUUUUGGGUGUUUACUUAACUGUUGUACACCUGUGGUGUUUCCGGUCAAAUCGACUGGCCAUUAGAAAUGAAUGAGUGAGACCAUGGUAAGUAACAAUUGAGCUCCUUGUGUAGGCCUACAUUCACACACACACACAAACACACCCUCACUCCCCCUCUUUGUUUCAAUGAGAGCCCCCACAGGAAGCUUUCCCCAGUAGAAUCUUUACCCCACAGAGUUGUAUGAGCUCAGGUCAAUGAGGCUGGCAGGUCAUAAAUAGUAAAUGGAACUUCAAAACUUUGAAUUUUUUCAAAAUGACAUCUUGAAUAUACAUUAUUAUUUUCUUCAAGGGAGUGCCAACUGAGGUCAUGUGCGCAUACACAAAGGUGCAUACCAUAUUUAUAGCCAAGUUUUAGGUAGCUGGCACUAUGGAAAAUCUUCAUAUUGCAGGCAAAACAUUAUGAACACUAAAUAUUGAUUUGUUGCUAGGAAAUUAGUUUGUAAGGGGGGGGGGGGGGGUUAUCAGUUGACAAAUAUGUUUGCACACCACUUAGUUCUCCCCAAACUGUGGGUCAGUGGAGUGUCAAUGAUCACAAUGUGGUCAAAAUCUCCAGGCACACUCAGGUGUGAGAAAACACUGCAGGUUUAUUCACGAUACCGGGAGCACUGGCAACAGCACGUUCCAGUAACCCUACUCAAAGUUCUCUAGGGUGAGGCCCCAUCUUAUACACGUUAGUUACAUUGUGUUAAUACAAAUCACAUGAGUACAGUGUUCUUUUCCAAAACUCCUCAUAUAUGUAGAAAUACAACAAUACAUGUACACUUCUUGGACAUAGCAUGUGAUCCAUACGUAAGUCAUGUGGCUACUCCAAGUAAGUAAGAUAAUUGGUCAAUACAAUACAUAUACAUCCUUUAGCAUUUUCUUGCCAUAGUCCAUUUCCUGUCAGGAUAUUCCUAAUAUUAUUGCCUCAAGCAGAAUACCCUUAACUCGUGACAAAAGGGUCGCAUGAUCUUUAUUAGAAAGUCAUGACAUGGAGAGAGCAAAUGACAGACAAAGCAAAGUUAAUGCACAGUAUUGAAUGUAUAGAAAAGAAUAAACAUAAUAUAUGAAAAUGUAUUAUUAAUCACCUAUGUAAUAAGAUUUGUUUAGUAAUCCAAAAUUUCUCCCACAACACUUUGGUGGCAAACUAUAGCCCCUGUGCUUAAUGAGAUCUAUUAUGUACAAAUUCAUGAACACAUGCGGUGAUAUGUUUAUAUGUUUUAUUUUAAACAAUAAUGUCUAAUAAUACUGUGUUUCUCCUUUCCAUGUGCCAUUCUAUCUUAUGCUAUUGAGGGUUUAACAAAGUACAACCAUAACUAUAAUCAUAUUAACAUAAAUCUAUGCAUUGGUAGAAGAGUGGCAAAAGUGGCAAAUAUUCAAAAAAUUGGCUGUGUAUGUAAACAUCUGCAUGUGCAUGUGCUUUCUGGGUAUGCCUUUGUGUAGCUAUAUUACCAUGGUUCCAUGUGUUCAUGUAAUGCACACGGAGAAGCCUAAAGCCUAUCUAGUUAAAAUAAAAAAGUGUCAUAGCUUAGUCUAGGGUGCAAUUGUUGUGGUUUGAAUAUUGUUUGCAUGAUCACAUAAGAUAGACGAUUCGCAUACAGAAAGUGAUGGCUCAACAGGGGAUUAUUAUGCAAGUCAUGUCAGUGUUUUUCCUGUAACCAGGUUUCUUCACUGAGAUUAUCUCACCUCUGCAGUCCAUUUCUCUGUGAGUUAUGUAACCAUUUAGCAUAUAAUUUUCCAGUUUGUGACAGGGCGCCUUCAAAAUAGCUGUGCUAAACAUGCGCCCUCCACUUUAGACCAGGUUUUUCUUGGUCAGUGGCAUCUAUUUUUUUCAUUGACACACCUGUGUGAGCGCAUUUGUCAUUUGACAACUUGAGCGCUUGGCGGAAAAAUCCUCACUCAUCAGAGUUAAAAGUGACAAUGACCAGCACAAAUGUGCAAUGGCAGAGCGCCCCAUUCUCCAUAAUACUUUCAUCGUCUACCAAUAUACAGGCCAGUGGCUACAAAUUGUGUUUCUACCUAUUUAAAAAUAACUUAUUCACUGAAUUCAUUUUAAACCAUGCUCUUCUUUUUUGCACUGGAGAUCCCCUCAAGUGCCCAAUGUGCUGCCAUUUCUUUUUUCAUUUCUAAAAUAUGGUUAAUAAUAAAUGGCCAUACAUAAAGAGUUUAUUAAUAAAAAAAAAUGUUAUUUCAUAUUGACAUUCAAUUUUAAAAGGUAAUAUAUUCUUCCCCACAAGAGCAAUACAUUUUGCUAACUGCUGCAUUACACACACACACACACACACACACACACACACACAAUGUUAUCUAUCUAUCUAUCUAUCUAUUUAUCUAUCUCUCCGUCUGUCUGUCUAUCAAGCUAUCUGUCUGUCUGUCUUUGUCUUCGUGCCAGCCUGUAUCUAUCUCUAUCCAUCUAUCUGAUAUCUGUUUUCUCUCUCUCUCUCUCUCUCUCUCUCUCUCUCUCUCUCCCUUACAGAUUGAGAUUUCUAUUUCCCCUCCUCCAUUGAGGUCACUGAGAUUGCUGAGUCAGGUGGCUCCAGUGAAGACACUUUAGACCGGUCUCCUCAUUUAUUCAUUUGCCCCUUUUCUUACGCCGACUCGUCCAUGCAGAAACCUGACCCCUGAGGAUGAGAAGAGAGAUAGCGGGAGGGCAGCCAAACAUCCUUCCCUCUCGGAGGGGAUCCAAGGACUUCUGCACCGCCCUGUCUCAGCAAGCCUGCCUUGCCUGCCUGCCUGCCUGCCAGUGCCCUGCAUGCCUGCUGGAGAAUGCAAGUGACCUGGUACUGUCUCGACAAUGGAUUACAUGCACUGAGUAUGCAAUGCACAACGAUGCCAGUCCUGAGCAGGCCCUGCUGGCUAGUGGAGGUUAAGGAACAGCCUGCAACCAGAGAAGAGGCUGCCCUCUGAGCCAUGGCCAGGCAGACAUCCUCGCCCUUCCGCUACGGCUUCGACCUCGGGGGCCACUUCCAGGACGUGCGGCCCCUGGGCACGGGUGCCUCGGGCCUGGUCCUGUCGGCCAUCGACCGGAGCACAGGCCAGCGGGUGGCCGUCAAGAAGCUGGUGAUGCAUGACGCGGUCAGCAUCAAGCACGCGCUCCGCGAGGUCAAGAUCACGCGUCGGCUCCAGCACGAGAACGUGGUGCGCGUGCACGAGGUGCUGGGGCCCUACGGCCAGCCGCUGCUGCCCGCCGCUGACCUGGCCCAGCUCUCGGCAAUGUACAUCGUCCAGGAGUGCAUGGAGACGGACCUGGCGUGCCUGCUGGAGCAAGGCCCGCUGUCCGCCGGCCACGCCACCCUGCUCUUCUACCAGCUCCUGCGUGGCCUCAAGUUCAUCCACUCAGCCAACGUGCUGCACCGCGACCUCAAGCCCGCCAACAUAUUCCUUAACACCGAGCAGCUGCUGCUGAAGAUCGGCGACUUCGGCCUGGCGCGCAUCGUGGACCCGCACUACUCGCACAAGGGGUACCUGUCAGAGGGCAUGGUGACAAAGUGGUAUCGCUCUCCUCGCUUGCUGCUCUCCCCGAACAACUACACCAAGGCCAUAGACAUGUGGGCGGCUGGCUGCAUCCUGGCUGAGAUGCUCAGCGGCCGUAUGCUCUUUGCAGGGGCCCACGAGCUGGAGCAGAUGCAGCUGAUCCUGGAUACGGUGCCGGUGGUGCACGAUGAGGACCGGCAGGAGCUGCUGAAGGUCAUGCCCUCUUGCGUCAGCCGUGGCUGGAAGGUCAGGAGGUCGCUGCGGGAGCUGCUGCCGGAGGUGGACACAGAGGCCAUCUGCUUCCUAGAGCGCAUCCUGACCUUCAACCCGAUGGACAGGCUCACGGCCGAGGCGGCCCUGGCUCAGCCCUACCUACAGCAGUACUCGUGUCCGCAGGACGAGCCCACAUCCCUGCAGCCCUUCCGCAUUGAGGACGAGCUGGACGACAAGAUGGUCACCGAGCACAGCCCUGACACAUCCCUACACUGGCACAGGUCGGACACCAGCCUGUCGUCUGACACAUGCUGGCCGCAGCAGGAGAGGUGUGACUGCAUGCAGAGCGUCUCGGAGAUGGGCGACCCGGAUGAGGAGGAGGUGCAGCGGGACCCCAGGGCCAGCUCAGGCACGCUCCUUGGGGAGGCGCAAGUGGACCCGCGCAAGUACUCGCACAGCAGCUCGGCCGAGCGCUUCCUGGAAGGCUCACACUCCUCCCUGGAGCGUGCCUGCGGAGGCGGCACGGGCGUCUACGGCGAGCUGGACUGCGGCCGCUCGUGCGACUACAAAGUGGGCUCGCCGUCGUACCUGGACAAGAUCGCGUGGCGUGAGGGCAAGCCCCAGAACUACUCUGAGCCCAAGCUCAUCCUGGACCUGUCGCACUGGAGGCGCAACGGGCGGCCCAGCCCCCGGAGGAGGAGUAGUGCAGAGGAGGAGGAGGAGGAGGUGUCAGCGUUGGCCCCCGAGGAAGAGCAGCCGGGGGACCUGUUUCAGGAAAUUUCGCGCUGGGUGGAGAGCACGCAGUCUCGGCUGCACUCGCCCAGCCCGCCUCAGGAGACCCCCGUCACACCCAGCUCACCCCCGCUGCCCCUCUCCCCCACUCUGCUGCCGCAGAGCGCCCUCGGACGCCACAGUGCCGCCACCAUGCUGCUGCGCGCCACCCCUGAGUUCAUGCAGGAGGAGGAGGAGGAGGAGGAGGAGGAGUACGACGAUGACGGCAGCAGGAGGAUCAGGCCCUGUCGCUUCACCUCCGCUCCCCCCUCACUGCUGCCAUCCUCUCCGUCGUCCCCCACGCCAGGCCCCUCGUUUGCCUACCCCCACAGGACCCAGAGGACAGGUGCUACGCCCCCUCCUCAGACGCCCCCUCCCGCCGAGAAGCUCCAGUCACCGUUCGAUCUGGACAUGUUCAUCUCGCGUGCGCUCAAACUGUGUGGCCAGAGCGACGGUCUGGGAGGCUCCGGUCCGGCCGCAGCCAAACGGCCCAACAUGAAUGUUGUUCCAGGGCUGGCGGACCACCGUCCGGCCUCGCCUGGGCGCAAAGAGCACUGGUCAAGCAUGGCCCAGUGAAAUGACUGAGGCUGGUGAUGUGUCUGGUCUCCUGUCUGCAGUAAGUAAUGGCUUCAUUGCUGAGAAAUGCCACUGCGAUGAAGCAACAACACUGCUUGAAUCAGUCCAAGAAAACUAGGAUAGGUGUUUUCAGAUCACACGCUGUUCCUUCCAGGCACGUAUGUGGCGCGUAAGCAGCAUGUGACUGAUAAUGUGCAUGAUAGGAAUGAUGAUUUGCAAAGUUCCACUUCAAGUUUUAACAGAGGGAAGAUCAUGUUGCCUUUAGGUGCUUCUGUGUUAUGCACAAGAUACAGUACAAAGCUGAUUUUUCUCCAAACAUCAUUUCUAAGAAACAGUAACAAAGCAGUAUGACAUCUUAUGGAGAGUAGACAAAUGUAUUCUGACUACUCAAAAAGAGGAUAAAAACUGGUAUUGGUAACACUAAAUUCUGAAUGCAUUUAACUUUAUUUACUGGACAGUAGGAUUGUAGCAUUUGAACUCAUCUCAACCCAAGAGAACUGCUUGGCUAUCUGAUGCUGUUAAUAUCACUGUAAUGUUACACUGUUAACAUUAUUGCUGAGCUUCCCACACUGAUACUGUGUAAAUUUGUACAUUUACUUUAGAAGUUGUGUUCCAGCUAUAUUGAAACAUUCCUUAUCUGAUGUUUGUUAGUGUUUGGCAGUGGUCUAUAAUAUGGUUUUACCGUUAUACCAUUUUAAGAGUGUUUUGUUGGAGCUUUCACCUCUAGCCCUGAAGCAAUAUUUACAAUCUUUCUUAGAAGGCCACAGCGUAUUUUAUUGCAAAUAAAAACCCAAACGCCGAAAUGCUGCAGCCAUCUCAAAAGAUGAACAGUACAAGAACAAUCUGCAUAGACAUGCAUUGAUAAUGCACUCUCAUACCAUAACUCAUGUCACAUGAUCCAGAAGAUGAAUUGGUUUAAUCACACUAAAGGUUCUUUAAGUCUGAAAAUAAGUUUUAAACUUUCUAGAUAAACAGCUCAAGAUUUUUGAAUCCAUGCAAGCUAAUGAGAAAAUGACAUAUAGGACUACAUCAGGUUUCUGAAGAGCACAGUCUACAAGCACUGCCAGAUCAGUACAAUGGAUCUCCAAGGUAGAAUACUCUGUAAUAGAGUAAUUGAGUCAUGUCAUUGCUCAUUUAUGCCACUCAGCAAUAAUAUAAUAAUAUGAAUUAUAGUAAUAUUAUCAUAAUUAUCAUAAUAAUUCUAACAUGAUUGCUUUGAUUGAUUGUUUUUUUUUUUUUCAGAAAUAAACUGAUGUGCCUUUGUGUUUUCCUGUGCUUCCAGCACAAUUUCUUCUCAUUUUUUGCAUGGUACGUGGAAUAUUGCUUUAGAUCUGAUCAACUCUUCAUGACAUGUGUGACAUAUUUGCUGUUGGUACUGAUAUGUAAUCUUACGAGUUCUACCAUAUUUUGUCCUUUGGAUGUAACAUAUUUUGUGGACGUCACAUGACGUUUUACUCUGUGCAGUUUCUACUUUUGCUGACAAGUGAAAAUUAAAAUUUGCUGAUAUAUUUUGUUGGAAAGUGUUUGUUCAAUAAACACUGACAUCAGUA